AUGACCAGCUGUAACCUGUCCGUAAAUCAUCUGGUUAAUGUAUCGGAAACUGUCGUUUAUACCGAAGACCCUUCGGACCCAUCCAAAACUUUGUUCAAACAAGAAGCGAGCGUUAAAUGUGGCGAAUCAAUCUCCCGGUUUGCCAACUUUGUCGAAGACUUUUUUGUUCAAAGAUUUGGUGAUAAUGCGGUAAAAGGGAGGCAAGGAUUUGAAAAUGUUUUGGAUCGACUAAUGGGCCAAGGAGAAACAAUUAAAGGCUAG